UUAAUAGCUUUAUGCAUGUUAUUUUGGCAUUUUUUUAUUGAUGCCGUCGACUUUGUCUCAUGUUUCUUGACCUGCAUGCGUUGACGCAACCGACGCGAUUUUCGAAAAUCUAACCAUCAAACGUUACGCGUCGAAUUCCACCAAAUCGUCUCCGUUUACGACUUCGACAUGGAGAAAAGUGCGAAAGGGAAACCGUUGAGCGCCCAAUUCGGAAAACGGCACAUACAGGCGAUCUUGAUGUUUUUCUGCAUAACGAUAGAGUUCGCUUCGAGAAAUAUCCUUAACGUUGCUAUAGUAUCCAUGACCGAUCCUGAUGCUUCGUCCAAUCCAGACGUACCCACUUACGAUUGGGACGACACCAAUAUUAUAUUAUCCUCGUUUUCAUGGGGAUACAUAAUCCUCCAAGUGUUGGCCGGCCAAAUGGGCAUAAGCCACGGCUACAAGUGGGUGGUUUGCGCUGCAAUGGGGGUCAAUUCCGUUGCGUCUUGCUUAAUACCAUUCUUAGCGUCCCAAUGGGGUUCCGCUGGAGUCAUGGGUACGCGCGUGGUCCAAGGAAUGGCUCAGGGUUUCUUCUUUCCCAUCGCUCAUCUUAUGAUAGGUAAAUGGGCACCGGAAAAUGAAAGAAGUCGUAUGACCACGUUCGUUUACAUCGGAGUCGGAGUUGGUGGGGUGAUAUCGGGACCCAUUACGGGAUACCUGAGCGGCUCGUCGUGGGGAUGGCCUUCGGUAUUUUACGUUUUCGGCGCUAUGGGGCUACUGUGGUGCCUCGCAUGGAGUUGGGCGGGUUACGACAGCCCAGCAACCCACCCAACGAUUAGUCCUUCGGAAAGAAAGUACAUCGAGGAGUCGUUGGGCCAACACGAAGACAAAGGGUCGAUCCCCACACCGUGGAAAGCGAUUUUCACGUCGAUUCAUUACUGGGCGGUUGUAGUCGCUUUUCUGGGGUCAGCGUACGGUAACAUCUUCAUCACCACCGAGACGUCUCAAUAUUUAGUGAACGUGAUGAAUUUAAGCGUCGAAUGGAAUGGGUUGGUGAACGCGCUACCCCAUAUAGCGGCCAUUGUAACUCUACCUCUUUACGGAUACGCCUCGGAUAAGAUUAUCGAAAGGCAAUGGUUGACGCGCGUAAACGCAAGGCGCUUCUUUCAACUCUACGGCAGCUACGUACAAGCCAUAGUAUUAGCUUGGAUGGCAUUCCUGAACGAAUCGCAGGUUGCCUUGGCCAUAGUCUUGCCCAUAAUAGGAAAUGCAGCGAUCGGUGGCAUUCUAUACGGCAGCGAUGUUAAUCUCAUCGAUUUAUCUCCGAGGUUCGCGGGGGUAACUCACGGAUUUUCCAACACGUUGUCGUCCGCCAUCGCCAUGCUCGCACCCAUCGUAGUGCAAUAUACCGUAACCGACAUGUCUGAUCCAACCCAAUGGAGAAUACCUUUCUUAGUGGCUUCUCUGGGAUAUGCGGUGACGUCGACGUUCUUUGGGUUUUUCGCAUCCGGCGACAGACAAUGGUGGGAUGCCGGGCCCAAAGAUCAAUCGGAAACUACCGACAAGCCUGCGGAGAUUAUAGAUCUUGAGAAUGUGAUAUAAGUUAUUUUAAGUGUUAAAGUUGAAAGUUUUUAUUUGUUGUAAAAUAA